GUCUCGCAAGGAAAAAAGAAAAAAAGGGCAGCAUCCCCAUCGCUGCUCACUGUCGCAUCGCCUGACGCCCCCGCCCCAGCUCGCGCCCUUCCCGCAUUCGCCCAUUGCCAGUUGUGGUGUUGACUGCCCAGAGUCCGCCGCAAUGCCGUCGCAACACCAGCUCGUUUCCAACCCCACGGCACCUGUCUCCUGCCAUGCUUGGAACAAGGAUCGCACCCAACUGGCGAUCUCGCCCAACUCGACUGAUGUUAUCAUCUUCAAGUUUGAUGGCAAGACCUUUACGAAGGCGCAUGUGCUGCAGGAGCACACGCAGAACGUGACCAGCAUUGACUGGGCUCCCAAUAGCAACAAGCUUGUGACUUGUGCUCAGGAUCGUAACGCCUACGUGUGGGAGUUUGACGGUGCCGAGUGGAAGCCCACGCUGGUCAUUCUCCGCAUCAACCGCGCAGCCACCUGUGUCAAGUGGUCCCCAAACGAGGACAAGUUUGCCGUUGGCAGCGGCGCCCGUCUUGUUUCCGUCUGUCAUUUUGAGGAGGACAACGACUGGUGGGUGUCCAAGCACAUCAAGAAGCCCAUUCGCUCCACGAUUCUGAGCCUCGACUGGCAUCCCAACAACUGCCUCCUGGCCGUGGGCAGCAGUGAUUUUAAGUGCCGCGUAUUUUGCGCUGCCAUCAAGGGCGUGGAUAAGAAGCCCGCCCCCACCUGCUGGGGCGCGCAGACCAAGUUUGGUGAGCUGGUCCAAGAGUUUGGCACCGGCCCCGUGGGUGGCGGCUGGAUUCACGACGUUGCCUUUAGCGGCGACGGCAACCUGUUGGCCUACGUUGGUCACGACUCGAGCGUCUACGUCGCCGAUGGCAACAACAGCUGCCAGGUCUCUCGCCUGAUCACCCGCCAGCUGCCCUUCCGCACCGUACUGUGGGUCACCGGUCAGAGCUUCAUUGCCGCUGGUCAUGACUACACGCCCAUGCUCUUUACCUUUGCCGGUGGCAAGCUCUCCUUUGUCGGCGAUGCUGACGCACGUGAGGAAAAGGCGGCGGCCAGCAAGUUCAGCGCCCUGGACAAGUUCCGCAACCUGGACAAGCGUGGCACCGACUCCAGUGAUGCUCUGCAGACUUCGGUCAAGUCAGCCCAUCAAAACGCCAUUCUUGAGCUCUCCAUUGUAGAGGGCCAGGUGGGCAACGUGGCCAAGUUUGCCACCGUGGGUCUGGACGGCAAGGUGGUCCUCUGGACCAUGGCUGACAUUUCCUCGCGCUUGACGGUCGCCUAA